AUGGACGCCGAGGUGCUGCUGGGGCCCCCCGCCAUGGCGGACGUGAACGGCAACAAUAAACUGGCCGACGCCGAGCUAGAAGUGCUCAAGCUGCAGGAGCUCGUUCGCAAGCUGGAAAGGCAGAACGAGCAGCUGCGCAGCCGGGCCAACGCGGUCCACGACGGGCCCGUCGCCUCCAGCCACCGGCGCCGCCUCCUCCACCGCAAGCAUCUCCUCACCCAGACGGGCUCGGAGCCUUUCCCGGCCAAGUGUCCCCGGGAGCCCUUCGCCUAUUUGGAGCCCAGCUCGGAGGAGGAGGAGGAGGACGACGAGGAGGAGGAGGCGGAUGCGGGCGCGACGGUUCUGGAUCAGGUGGACAUAUUGGACCUCGGCACCCUGCUGCCAGUCUCGGAACCGGAUCGCUGGCUUUACGUGAGCACCAGAGGCCAGCCACGCACCGACGGCGGCCUCAGUCCUCUCCAGUGGUGCAGGCAGGUCCUGGACCGCCCGGGACCAGAAGUGCAGCUGGCGAGGAUGAUGCUGUGCCACAGAUUGGACCAAGCCAAGCGGUGGCGAGGGGCCCCCCCCGUCCGGCCGUACAGCUGCGUCGACGGCCUGGCCCCCCUCGGCUGCCCGCUCUCGCCUUACCCCAAAGCCGCUGCAGUGGGCGAGACCGCAGCUCUGGCGCCGUCGUCCGGCCCCGCCCUCCCGCUCAGGUCCGGCCUGGGCUUGGACAGAGGCCCCACCUUCCUGUCUAACUCCGCCCUGCACAAUGUCGGGCGGCGUCAGGCGAGCGUCAGCCCUCAGUCUUCCCUGGACGGCGAGGCGGGCAUUUCGGAGCUGGAGGACGACUCCAUCUCCAUGGGCUACAAACUGCAGGACAUGACGGACGUGGAGGUCAUGGCCCGCCUUCAGGAGGAGAGCCUGCGUCAGGACUACGCGUCUACCUCAACGACGGUCAGUCGACGCUGCUCCAGCUUCUCCCUGAACUCGCUCCGGGUCGUCGGCGCGGACCUGGAGGAGGACGACGAGGACGAGGACGAGGGUCACGACCAGCUGCCUCCUCCGCAGCCGCGACUCUUGCGCACGGGCUCGGUGCAGCGCGGCGGCCUGCCGCACUCGCAGACCUUCUCCAGCUUCAGAGACUGCAGGCGCGGCUCCUCCGCCUCGACCUUCUCGCUCGGGGGGCUGGCGCCGUACACGGCGGGGGGCGGCCUGGGCGGAGAAACCCACGCGUCUUACAGGAACAGCGCAGACCUAAGGCUGCGGAGAAGCAUGCCCAACCUGAUGCGAGCCCCCAGCAUGCCGAGCGUUCCCAGUAUCCCCAGCGUCCCCAGUAUGCAAUGCCUGGCGUCCCCCGUCAACCCCCCGUCCCACGGGCCCUCCUCCCUUCCGACCAUGUCGUCCCUGCGCGGCAGCCUCAGCUUUGACUCGUCCAGCAGCCUUGCACGCCUCCAGUCCUCCAUUCCUUCUCCAGGCCAGCUGAGUCAGCGGGUCCAGAGCGUGGGCAACUUCGCCGCUCGCCAGCCGCUCAAAGCCACCGCCUACGUCAGCCCCACCGUCCUGCAGGGCCCCUCCGCCUCCGCCGGCCCGCACUCCAUCCCCGGCAGCGCGGCACCGCCUCAGCCCCUCAAGCCCGCCGCCGGAUCGGUACCGCAGCCCGUAAAGACCCCGUCCGCCGCCCCCCGCAGCUCGCUCCCUCGCCCCGCCUCCUUCGUGGGCCUCGGUGGGACCCUGCGUUCCGGCAAAAUCACACAACCCGCUCGCAGUUUGCUGACGCCCCCAAAGAGUAUCACCUCCCUAAGUACCCUGAGGGACGCCAGCUGGAAAGAUGGCUGCUAUUAAAAUUCCGCAGGUACCGUCAUCACAACAACAAUAAUACCGAUAACAGGGUCACGCUGCGUUACUGACUGUAACAGCAUUUGUUGAGCUG